AUGACAUCGAGAAUCCCUUGCAGGAAGGCAGUACCCGCUACCUUGGAUUUCUGGGUAGAGUUGGUAGGUAUGCACAGUCUUUGGACUCUGCGACCAUUUGCCAAACCGGCAGCACAGUCUGCAAAGGUGAGCGCAGGUGUUGCGAAAUCGGUCAAAUACGGGACGAAAAUAACUCAAAAUGCUAAUAUUGGAACUAAGGUGGUGAACACGGCUGCGACAGGUGCAAAGGUCGCGCAGACCGCCAAGAUUGGUGCAGUUGCAGCCAAAACAGCCAGAACGGGGAAGCUGGUUCAAACUGCCGCAAGGGCUGCGCAGAAUGCCAGAUCAGGUGCAAAGCUUGCUAAAACCGCAAAAAAUGUCGCACCAAUCGCCAGAUCUGGUGGGAAGACCAUGAAGGCCGUCAAUUCACUGACAUCCACCGCCAAGCUGACGAAAGGUGCGAAGAGUUUGGCCAUGAGCGGAGAUGUGGGCACAGCAAUCAAGCCGGUGGUGUCCCCCUUUAUCGUUAAGGCACUCUAUGGGGUGACCUACGCCUACGUGAGCAUCGAUGUGCUGUACUCGGGCUAUGCGGUCCGGCAGGCGGGUGGUGAGGCUAGAGAUGCGGCACGAGCCAUGGCUCAGACAAUGUGUUUUCAAGGGCUAGCCUCUUUUGCACUACCCGGGGUGAUCGUUCACACACAAAUACACUUCGCUGAAAAGAUGUUCGCUACGGUGAAGUCUCUCAAACCGUACCGCAAAUAUGGACCCACUGUCGCCGGAUUGGCUUGCAUACCACUCCUACCCACUCUCGUAGACACUCCGGCAGAGUAUUUGGUCGCUACUGUGUUUGACGUAGUGUGGCCGUCCGCUUUUGCCGACAGCCAAGCGUAG